UUUGUUUUAUAAUAAGAAAUGCUUACAGUUGAGAAACAAGUUAAGCUCUUCUUGUACAUAAUCUACCUACUUCUCUUAAUAACAGGCUGUAUCAUCGGAGUCGUCUUCCUGACUAAAUCCUUCGGUGAAACCAGAGAGACCAGGCUGGAAGUUUACGAAGAAGAUAUUUUGUACUGGAAUCAGACUAAGAGAAGUGAAUUUGGGGAUAGUGAUGUUAAGUUUAUGGUGCAUUUUGAAGAUGCUGAUGUGAAUGAUGAUGAAGGUAUUACUCAGGUUACUAGUGAAAGUGUGGAGCAUCAAUUAAUGGAAGACAAAUAUGGAGAAUUACCAAAAUAUGAUCCUCUCUAUUAUUCUAGGAAGGAAAAAGCUAGUUGGUUUGGAGUUGAAGGUCCCUUCACAGAAUUUAAUGACACAAAGAAGAUGAAAUUUAGCAUUUCAGUAAAAGAUGAGCCCACAAAUCAGACUAUUACAAUUCCAGAGCUACCACUUUACCAUAUUAAGAAGUUGAAAAUGUCGACUGCGACAGGAUGCAAUAGACAUCACGGCCAUUUUGAGUCGACUGGGAAUACUUGCUAUAUCUACAGCAUUCUCUCACAUGCAUGUGUACAAAUCGACAAGGAUGCUGGUGGAAAAUGGUAUUUGAACACUAAUAAGCUGACAAAAGCAUUUGGGUGCUAUUCUCAGUACCAUAAUGCCACAAGCUAUACAGUUAUCCCUCUCGAGACUGGCGAAAGGAUUGAAGAUAAGAUGCCUUACACAAUGGGAGACCUUACUUGGGAGAUAAGGAAUGCCUACGAUCCACUUUUGUUAGCGGAGGUGCUCACUGAGGAUACCAAUAAUUUUGGACUCAGUUCAACAGAGUUGAGGUAUCUUGGAAUUGCAAUGCUAUUCUGAUGAGGUGGACUUACUAUUCAACCAAUAUGCUGGCUUUAUAACGUAUGCGCUGAUAGUAGAAAGGUUCGUAAAGCUGGGGGCAACAGAGCCAUGAAUUACAGGGAUGAUUAUUACGAUGAAUAUGCAGUUGAACGCCAUAGUGGGCUUCAAAGAGGAAAUCCUCCUAUCCAGAACUCAAUAGAACCUAGUGCAGACCAAGGGAUUGAUUUUAGAAACGAUAUGGAUGAAAUAGAGCUUGAGAAAGGUAAAGUAGGAGCUACCUUCAACAAAUCAAAACUUUCUCAUUUCCCUAAAAGAGUCAAGAAGAAGGGAGAAUAUGAAUCAUAUUAUCAAUAA